AUGACAGAUCUCGAGAAGAAAACCGAUGAAAUCUUUGCAUUGCAAUCGAUAUUCGAUAAGAAUCUUCGACAAUUUGAUGAGAAUCAAUACGAGAUUCUAAUCGAUUUUGAUUUAGUUACACCAUUAACCAUCGAAUAUGAAGAUCAAACAUCCAUUGUGGAAUAUUUACCACCUUUCAGUCUUCUUGUUCAAUAUCAUGACGAAUAUCCAAGUCAUUUUCCACCAACAUUCGUUCUUUCAUGUUUUUACUUUUCCAAAUCCAAUCUACAGAAACUCUGUCAAAAGUUGGAUAAGUAUCCAUUUGUUGAAGGCGAAGUGUGCGUUUACGAAUGGAUUAAUUUAAUCAAACUUGAAGUCGAUCGGAAACUCAUCAUGGAAAACAAGGAAGAAGAAGAAGAAGAAGAAGAAGGUGAUCCUCGAGCAUUAAAUGGCUAUUCAAGCGAAACAGCGAAGAAAAUCUUCCAAUAUCUAGUUCAAUAUAACGCCGAUCAAUUCCAUAAACGAAUUCAAGUUUGUUCAAUAUGCGAUAACUGCAUUCGUGGGAUCGAUUGUAUUCGUCUCCAUCGUUGUCAACACUAUUACUGUCAAUCAUGUUUACAAGAUUAUAUUCGAAUGACAUUGAAAAAUGGACAAUUCGGUGAACGAAUUCAUUGUCCGCAGAAUCAAUGCCAUCAAGCAUUACUUCCAACAGAAAUUCGUCAGAUUCUUCGUGACGAUCAGCUCUACGAAAGAUACGAACGAUUAACAUUGCAGCAGGGUCUUGAAUCGAUGGAUGAUAUUGUUUGGUGUCCAAAAUGUCAAAUGGCAGUGCUUGUCGAUAAUAGUGAUGAUAAUCUAGCCAUGUGCGACCAAUGUCGUUAUAUUUUUUGUAAAAAAUGUAAAGAACUGUUCCAUUCCCAAACCAUAUGUCCGAAAGAUUAUAUUAUCCAACAAUUAGAAAAGGAAAGCUAUUCUACGACUGUACCACAAAGUGAAUUGUCAUUCAGAAGAGAACAAAAAAUUCAAGAAUACGAUCAAAAAGUGCUCGCGACAAUUGCUAAAGUCGAACAGAGAAGUCGAACAACAAUUGAAGCAAAUCUUGCCGAACAGAAAUAUCGACAACUUGUUAUUCCACGAUCUGAAGGACAAGCUUUAUUAGAAAGCGUAUUAAAUGCUGAACGAAUGGAACUACUGAACACUCAGCCUUGUCCAAAAUGUCACGUUCAGAUCGAAAAGAACGGUGGGUGCUCGCAUAUGUAUUGUACGCGAUGUAAUCAUAGUUUCCUGUGGGAAAGACAAGACAAACCUGCAACGGUGAAAAAUAUUUCAUUGCUGUUUAAAUUCAUGAAGAAUUCGGAGAAAAUGGAACCGUUGCAAGAAGAAGUCAAGCAAGCGACAAAAUCAGCCAAUUCGAAAAUUUCGAUUGACAAUCGAUCUGCAAUUGGUUCUGCGAUCGUCAGUAGAGUUAAACAAUGUCCGAAUAAAUCAUGUAAAAAGUUUAUUGUGAAGGUCAAUCGAGAUAAUUGGAUCGUCUGCGAUGGCUGUCGAAGACAAUUUUGUUUCUUAUGCGAACAAAAGAUCGUCAGUACAGAUCACUAUGUUAGAAAAUGCGAACGUUACACAUCUCUUUGA